AUGAAGGGGCGGAGAGACUCAGAGUUCGGCUACUUAUCUCCCUUCCUGAACUCAAGACCCUCACACCCUGUUUUUACCCCGAAUCAGAGCAGAAAAAUGUCAGCCGAGGCCCCCGUCAAGUACCUGGACCAAGAUUUUGAAGCUCUGAGGAGCCAGUGUCUGAGCAGUGGGCAGCUCUUUUCUGACCCCACUUUCCCAGCUGCCCCCGAGUCCCUGGGAUUUAAGGAACUUGGACCCAACUCGUCCAAAGCUGAAGGAAUGCAAUGGAAAAGACCCAAAGAGCUGUGCUCGGAACCCAAGUUUAUCAUUGGUGGGGCCACAAGAACCGACAUCUGCCAAGGGGCACUGGGUGACUGCUGGCUGAUGGGGUCCAUCGCCUCUCUGACUCUGAACCAGGACGUUCUGGCACGAGUGAUUCAUCCUGAGCAGAGCUUCACGGAGAACUACGCUGGAAUCUUUCACUUUCAGCUGUGGCAGUAUGGACAGUGGGUGGACGUCGUCAUCGAUGACAAACUGCCCACCAAAGAUGGAAAACUAAUGUUCGUUCACUCAGGUGAAAGAAAAGAGUUCUGGAGCGUGCUGCUGGAGAAGGCCUACGCAAAGGUGAACGGCAGUUAUGAAGCUCUUUCUAAAGGCUGGGCUGCUGAGGGCUGUGUGGACUUCACUGGGGGCAUCGCAGAACGCUACGAGCUCAGCAAAGCUCCACCAAACAUGUUCAAUAUCAUGAAGCAGGCCCUGACUCAAUGCUCUCUGCUGUGCACGUCUAUAUACGUAAGGCAUAAAUGUAUACUGACAACUGCAUUUAUUCUCUGUUUGGAACAGGUUAUAUUAGGUAAAAGAGAUCUUGGUGUCACAACAUCUACAACCUCAUUUCCGAAAAAGCUGUGA